UUGAGGCUGGGCGCAGGCGCGCUCGCUGUAAGAUGGCCGGGCGGGGCGCCGCCGUCCCUGCGCAGCUAGCGGGGAGCGCCCGCCCCACGGGCUCCCCCAUGGCGGCGGCCCCCGUGGGGGGGGAGGCGGGGGGUAGGGAUAGGGCCCCGCGCCCCGUGCCCACUGUCCAGAGAGAAGGUGGUACAUUGGAUGAGGCGAUGAGAAAAGAUCUUUUCACAGACACCUUCUGUAAAGUGUGUGGGGCUGUGCUGCAGUUUGAGUCACAAAGAAUUUCACAUUAUGAGGGCAAAAAGCAUGCUCAGAAAGUUCGCCUUUAUUUUCAAAUGCACAGUGAACAAGAGGAUGGACAAGAACCUGGCAAACAGAAGAGACAAGAUUAUGUGAACUUUCAGGUGGAUGGGAGUGGAGUAGUGGACAAAAACAAAUAUUGCAAUCUUUGCAACAUGAUUUUUACUUCUCCAGUUGUUGCUCAGUCUCAUUACCUGGGAAAAAUACAUGCUAAAAAGCUGAAGCAAUUAUCAGGAGACCAACCUCAAGUGCCUGCACAGAGCACUCAACCACAAACAGGUUCCACUGCUGGUCCUUCUACAUCUCUCGCACUACAGCAGCCCUCAGCUGAGAAGCUCUCCCAGGAUUCUAAUGUUGAAGAGUCCACGUCAUCCUCUAGCAAUGCUUUGGAUUUAAAUGAUCCAGACAAGUAUUGCAAGCUCUGCUCAGCUCCCUUCAAUAAUCCAUUGAUGGCCCAUCAACAUUAUGUUGGCAAGAAGCACAAAAGGAACGAAGCACGGAAGAAGAUGAUGGCGGAGAUGGGAGAGGAAGCUGUUCCUGCGGAAUCCAGUGCAAAUGCAGUUGGAGUUGGUAACUACAUAUGUCCUAUAUGUAACAUCACUCUUACGUCUAUAGAAAUGUACCAGUCCCACAUGCAAGGAAAUAAACAUCAGAUUAAAGAAACCAUGGUUGUCAACCUCAUAAAGAAUUCAAAGAAAACAUAUGACUCCUUUCAAGAUGAAUUAGAAGAUUACAUUAAAGUGCAAAAAGCUAGAGGACUGGAACCAAAAACAUAUUUCAGAAAAGCAGAGGAGGAAGAGUUUGAAAACUACGAGUCAGAAGCAGUAAAUGAUUGUGAUGAUAUUGUAUCUUCCAAUGUUACAUUUGAACCAGGACAGCAUUCCAUCCUCUUCUCAGAAACAUAUAUGUCAUCACAUGCUGUUGAAAACAGAUCGCUGUGCUGGUCACCAGCUCAUGAGAAUAGGCUAAGACUAGAAAACAUGGCAAAAUGCCAUGACAGUAAGGAAUAUUAUUCAGAAAUGCAAACAUCUCAGGUGAUCCCUUUCAAAGAUGACAGCUAUGGCCUAUCAUCUGCAGAAUCCAGUGACUGCUACAAACGCAUUUCUUCUGAUAAUAGCACCCGCUCCUAUAGGAAAGGCCGAAAGCUUCGAAGGAAACAUGAAGAAGGGGAAAGGCACACUGGGGAAGGAGAAGAGAAACACAACAAAGAAGCCACAAAGCAGAAGAAAAAGGAAAACAGUGAAGACACAGAUUCUGGAAAGGACAGUGAAAUGCAAAAGCGAAGAAAGAUUGAUAUAGAUUCAACUCACGAGAAAAAAUCAAAGCACAGUAAAGACAAAAGAAUUAAAGAAAUACCCACUGAGAAGGAGAGUAGAAAGCACAAAAAGGAUAAAAGGAAACCACAGCCUGAUGGAAAAACAGAAGAAGAGAUACUUUGGGAUGAAUCUAUCCUGGGAUUCUAAUAGAGGUUUUGAUUAACUUUAUGAAGUUGGUAUUUUUUGUAGUCUCUCUUAACCAUGGUGUACUAUGUUAUGACUCAAUAAUUUUUGUCCCACUCUGUGGAACCGAGAAAAAGCCUGACUUCUGAAACUAUUGGGUAGUAGGUAUGAAUCAGCUUUUAAUAAUCUCAUACACACAACAGUCAUACAACAACAUGAAUUGAAAGCCUAUAAUCUGUCCUGGAAUGUGCUUCAAAUAUGGGUCAGUAGCUAUAGCCUUCCUUUUGGAGUUUUAUUACAAUGAAUUGUCUCUUCCAAAUCAUAUUACUGGCAUUAAUAUGGAGAAUUUGAUUAUUCUGCCAUUAGUAUGCAGAAUCUUGUAAAAUAAAUGACAAGUACACAGUGUUCCCAACCCUCCCUGUUCCAGUUUCACUAAAGGCUUUUAAAGGGGAAUGUGAAAAAUAUUUAGGUUUUUUGGGUUCCAGUUAUUUACAACUGUUAUUUUUUUUCACCCAGUUCUGAGUGAAAAGAGAGAGAGUCUAUUAAACAUGUAACUGAUUCUCAGACAUAUGUUGUCCAGUAUAUUUUUCUCAUAGCCGUGAUCCAAAUUUUUAGUUUAGGAAAUACUGAUAACGUACCAUAUGCAACAUCAAUUUCAGUUGGUAAUUCCAGGCUGAGUAGUGUUUGCCAGUCUGAUUCAAGAUAAUUUACUUAAAAUCUGCAACUACCAGUGGUGGAAUAGAGCUUGAUUUGAAAAACAAACAAACAAACAAUGCUUGAAAAAUUCAACAACAACUUUGCGGGUUUUCUUUUUAAGAAAUAAAAUUGUUUUAGCUCUUCAUUCACAAUAUGAAACUAGAUCCUUUUGAUAGAGAACUAAUGUAAUAUUUGGUGUCCUGUGGUACAUGAAAUGAGCAGGCGUUCUCAGGCUACCUUUGUGCUACUCUCAUGGGUAGUCUCAGGUCCUGGGUUCAAUGGACCAUUGAGACUGGAACUACCUUUGCACCCCUACAGAUGGUCCUUCUAUGGCAGGGUUGAGUCUCACAUUAGCAAAGGAGUGGGGGAGGGGCAUGCACCGUGUCUGCCUAUGGCAAUGUUUUUCAAUCUGUAGACUGCAGACUCCCUAUGCCUAAGAUUUCCAAAGGGGUCCACACCUUCAUUUGACAUUUUUUUAGGGGUCUGCACAACAACAAAAAAAGGUUGAAAACCACUGGCCUGUGAUGUCUGGGGGUCUUUGGCUAAAGGAGGAUAGGUGUUUCCUUUGCUGUCAUUCUUUCACUUUUAGGAGUGUAAAAUUGACUCUAAAAUGCUGUUCUGCUCACCCAAAGAGUGAUUGGUCUGUCGUGUAAGUACUUCACAUGCUACUUGUCAAAUGUUCUCAUCCAGCAUAUGUGAUAUGGAUCUCUAUUUUAUAUGGAGAUGUUAUAAUUUUCUAGCCAUUCAUAUUAUAUAAAUAAUGAAUGUGGUUCAUAUUUUUUCCAGAUAUUUGCCUCAAUAGGUAUUUAUAUGACAAUCCAUUUUUUAAACAAUUACCAAGCCUGUUUUAAAAAAAAAACAAAAACUUAUCGUGUAUUGCAAGUACAUAUUUACCAUAUAUACUGUUUUUAACUGUCCACUAUCAUGCUUUUUUUCUUCCCUAGUUGCAAAAGCAUCUCUAUACUGUUAAUAACUAAAGGAAAGUGUGCCAAUUUUAGGUUAUAAAUCUAAUUGAAACCACAAAAGCAUGGGAAUUCGGAGGUGAGGCACAGACGAAGGCCCCGAUUCUACAAUCAGAUCUGCACGGAUGAACAAUGACAUCUGCAUGGAGACCUAUUCAAGUCUGUGGCGCUCCAGGCAGGCUCAAGGCUCUAUCUGCACAGAUCUGAUUGCAGAAUCGGGGACUUAAUCUGUAACACAUUCUUUUCUAAACUUGUAUAUGGCAAGGGUCUUUAGACAGACAGCUGCUGUAUAUCAGCACAGUAAGAUUGAGCUGUGGGAGAUUUUCAGUCUUAACUUUGAACUUCAUGGUUGCAUUAGGACUGCUUGAAUGUAGGUUCAAUAUGAGACAGGAUAAUCUAACAGUUAGAAUGAGGGACUGGGAAUCACAACUCCUGGAUUCCAUUCCCAGCUCUUCCACUGGCUUGCCACAUGACCUUGUCUAAGUCACUUCACCUUGCACUUCAGUUUCUUCAUCCGUAAAUUAGGUAUAAUAAUAAUUACCUCUAAGAGAGGGGUUGUAAGCUAUACUGUUUGUAAAGAGUGUGGUGGUCCUCAGCUGAAAUGUGCUGUGUGAGUGCAACAAGUGUGUAUCUUUAGGGUAGAUUUUAGUAUUUCCUGUGCCCACCUGUCUUUUCUACCUGGUAUAUGGUACAUUAAAAUAUCCAUUGUGAUAUCCAAUACAGAUAUGUUUGAAAAAGGCUAUGACUAAAUAGGACCUCUCUCCUGUACUUUCAAGAGCAGGAGAAAAGUCUGGUUGACUGUGAAAUAGAAUAUGUAGCAGAAUUAUGUCAUCUGAAAGCUGCACGGUGUACAAUUUAAAGAUAAAUGUGAACUUCUGAAUAUACCUCAUAUGCCCCCAACUCAGCAAGGUACAUUGUGACUAUUCACAUCUUGCAUUUAGUCGUGCACUUAACCUACCUUGCUGAGUCAGGAUCUAGGUCUUUAAAAUCUCUCCUGAAAGGCUCCCCUAGCAGAAUCUCUAUAAAGUGAAGAUUAAGAGGUCUUCUAUUUUAAAUGUAGUAUAUGGUCUGAAUAUAAUGCCCUUCAACUAGCUCCUAUAACUGUUUAGUUCAAACUUAUUAUAUAAGCAGUACAAUUUAUUUAUUUAUUAUUUCUGGGUUAGUCUAAUUGCAUAGGGAUAUUACCAUAGAUAUAAAAAUAUAUCAGGUGAACAAAUUUUCAGAAUGUUUCAACUAUCAGAAUAAGACAUUAAUUUGACAGUAAAGCAUUCCAAAAAUUAUUGUAAGUAACAUUUGUGUUAUUGCUCAUGUUGCUGUGGUAAAAAUGCUUAGCGGCAUUUAAAAAAAAUGGGACCAAAUUAGAGUGAAGUAGCUAAAUGAUGAUUGUCAAUUAGUUUAGGGAUUUUUCUCUUAUUUAUUUUAUGCUCUAUUGCUUUUAGUAAUACCUCUUUAGAAUGGGGAGCUUAUAAUUCUAAACACCCUGAACCUCUGAAUCAUGAAAUGGAGCCCACCAUCUGUAUUUGGAUCUCUCUAAAA